AAAGUACAGUCGGGAAGAAGAAGUUCAGAAAACGGAGCAGUACCCAGACAGAGGGGAAGUACAGCUCUCAUCCAGCCACCUCCAACUGGUGCUACAAGUGGAACGUAAUCAGGAGCUCAUAGGUCCAGACUUCACAGAGACCUAUUACACAGAAGAUGGGCAGCCGGUGACUGUGUCCAACAACAAUUACACUGAUCACUGCUUCUACCACGGCCAUGUGAGAGGACAUCCAGAGUCCUGGGUGGCUCUCAGCACAUGCUCAGGAAUCAGGGGCCUGAUAUCCUUGAAUUCCAGUGACACCUACUACCUGGAGCCAAUCAGUGGUGUGGAUCCUCCCCACCACUCACUGUGGAGGGCAGAGGAACUGCCAAUUAAAGGAGGGAGCUGUGGACACGGCCAUCCCACCCCGCAUUACAACCACAUCUCCAACCUGCUGGGACAGUUCCAUUCCAGGGUGAAGAGGGAUACCGGAGGGACCACCAAGUACAUGGAGCUGUACAUUGUGGCCGACAACACUCUGUUUAAGCGGCAGAAUAAGGACUAUGAAAAAACCAAGAACAGGAUAAUGGAAAUUGCCAAUUACGUGGAUAAGUUCUACAGGGCUCUGAACAUCCGGGUGCCUCUGAUUGGUCUGGAGGUGUGGACGGACAGAGACCAGUGCAUCGUCAACGAGGAUCCCAACGCCACGCUCUGGUCCUUCCUCCAGUGGAGACAGAAGCUGAAGUCCCGCAAGAAACACGACAACGCCCAGCUGCUGACCGGUGUGAUUUUCAAGGGGACGACUAUCGGGAUGGCACCGCUGGAGGGGAUGUGCAGCCUGGAAAACUCUGGAGGCAUCAACGUGGACCACUCUGAGCUGCCCAUCGGCGCCGCGGCAACCAUGGCCCACGAGAUCGGACACAACUUCGGCAUGAGCCAUGACCAUGACGGCUGCUGUGUGGAGGCCACGGCCGAACAGGGGGGGUGUGUGAUGGCUGCUGCCACCGGCCAUCCGUUCCCACGUGUCUUCAGUCGCUGCAGCAAGCGGGACCUGGACAGCUACUUCCAGAAGGGGGGGGGCAUGUGUCUCUUCAACAUGCCCAACAUGAAGGACCUGGUGGGGGGCAAGAAGUGCGGCAACGGCUUUGUGGAGGACGGAGAGGAGUGUGACUGUGGAGAGCCUGAGGAAUGCACCAAUGAUUGCUGCAAUGCCAAUAACUGCACCUUGAAGGAGGAGGCUCAGUGUGCGCAUGGAGUGUGCUGCGAGGGCUGCAAGCUGAAGCAGUCAGGGACCAUGUGCCGGGGGCCCGCGGGGGCCUGUGACCUGCCUGAGUACUGCACUGGGGCCUCCCCCUACUGCCCCUCCAACGUGUACCUGCUGGACGGAUCCUCCUGCCAGUACGGAGUGGCCUACUGCUACACCGGCAUGUGCCUCACCCACCAGCAGCAGUGCCUGCAGCUGUGGGGCUACGGAGCCCGCCCGGCCCAUGAUGCCUGCUUCGAAGAUGUCAAUGCAGCAGGGAACGCUUUUGGGAACUGUGGGAAAGAUGAACAUGGCAACUAUAUGAAGUGUCAGAGAAGCGAUGCGAAGUGCGGUAAGAUCCAGUGCCACAGUGCUGCCAAGAAGCCCAAAGGCACCAACGCCGUCUCCAUAGACACCACCAUCAAGACGGACGGCAUCGAGGUGAAGUGCCGCGGCACCUAUGUCUACAGCACCCAGGACGGCCAGGGGGACCUGCCGGACCCCGGCCUCGUGAUGACCGGCACCAAGUGUGGGGAGGGCAAGGUGUGCAGAGACCGCCGAUGCCAAAAUGCCUCUUUUACCGAGCUGGAGACUUGCAUCACACGCUGUCACGGAAAAGGGGUGUGUAACAGUAAUGGGAACUGCCACUGUAAUCGCGGGUGGGCCCCCCCCUUCUGUGAGAAGCCAGGACUGGGCGGCAGCGUGGACAGUGGACCUGUUCAGUAUGACAGUCAGGUGGGGCUGGUGGUGGGGCUGCUGUUUGCCUUCCUGUUGAUCCUGCCUGCAGUGCUGCUGCUCUUCUACUGCCACAGGAUCAAGACCUCCUAUUACCAUAAGUGGCUUUCCCAGAGAGAGAAGAACAAGAGCAACAAGAUGGAGGCAUCGGUGGAGAAAGGGAAAAACGGCCAUCUGAAUCCUGCCUUUCACCUGAAGGUGGUCGGACCAAUCAACAAAGCUAGCAGCCACAAGGGGCUUCCUCACACCAGCAAAGAGGUCCUGCCUCUCAGACCGGGCCCUGUGUCUAAUGGCACCCAGCCAGUGAACAUAGUGCGACCUCUGAGACCCAGCCAGUCCCCCAUGGGCGGUUCCCGGGGUGUCAAGGUGGUUCGCCCGCCUCUGCCAGCCAGCAAGCCCCCAACGGCCCCACCUAAAUCCCCUGCAACCCCACAGAGACUCAGCCCACCCAAGAAACCCCUGCCCCUGAACCCAACACGAUCUCCACUGACCGGUCCCAGGUGCCAAACCAAACACAGCCUCGCCUCCACCAAGAAAAUGACCUUCUGCUCCCCCCCCGACAGCCUAUUUGCACUAUAGAGACUUUGGCUGGUACACCACAGCGCUGUCACACAGAGGAGGACGAAGACAAAGUCAAAACCGGGAGAAAAACAGGAUUCUUCUAAGUUCAGACUUCAAAAUGAAACCCUACCCCCGCCCCCAUUCUCAACUCUGCCCACUCCUCCCAGCGAGCUAACAUUGUCCACGAUGACGCGGUUUUGCACGAGGCCUUGCAGACUGAGACAAGUGUUAUCGCUGGGGGGGGGGCGCUCACAUUUGCCAAAUCAAUUUUUUUAGGAUUAUCGUUUGUUUUUUAAUAUGUUAAUGCUGUCUGUGUAUACAAAUAAUGCAUUUUGUAAUGUUUUGUUUACAGUUUGUUUAUUGUCCUGUUUUAUAUGAUUUAUGUUAUGUGCCAAAGAGGUCUCUUCAUACCUGGGGUGUGUCAGCGAAAACGCUUGAAAAUCUUCUCAUAAAGUUUACCGCAAGUCACCUCCUCCAUUUUCUUUAGGUUUGAUAAUUUAUUGUAUUGUAUGAGGAAUGUUUAAAAUUACAAAUCCGGAGACACAGUGGCCUAUGGGGAGGAAGGAGAGCCAAUCACACAGCAGCUUCUUUGAACAGUGUUUACAUGGGGGAGGGUCUGAUGGUGGGACUUGCAGGACACACCCCGAUCGCUCAUGUUGAUUUGAAUGUCUUUCGCUGUGUGUUAUGACUUUUGAAUUGUUACAUAAAAUAUUUUUACAAAACUAUCA